AUGGCACCAAAGAAAGCGAAGAAGACAACCGACAGCAUCAACUCGCGCCUGGCGCUUGUGAUGAAGUCUGGUAAAGUCUCCCUUGGUUACAAGUCAACCCUCAAGUGCCUCCGGUCCGGAAAGGCCAAGCUUGUCAUCAUCGCCGGCAACACGCCCCCCCUCCGCAAGAGCGAGCUCGAAUACUACUCUAUGCUUUCAAAGACAAAUGUCCACCAUUUUGCGGGAAACAACAUUGAACUGGGCACAGCUUGUGGCAAGCUCUACCGUUGCUCAACCAUGGCCGUCCUUGACGCUGGUGACUCUGAUAUCCUCGGCGCAGCUUCGUGA